AUGAGGUACUCCAGCGCAGCCCUCGCCGCGGCCUUCGCCGCCACCAACGUGCUCGGCCACGGCGUGGUGACCGAGCUCUUCGGCCUUGGUGGAGGCGGGGGCGCUGGCGCCGGCAAGGCCUCGGCGGGAGUCGCCACGCCCAAGGGCACCAAUGAGACGGCCGUCCUGGCUACAACGGGCAUGGGCGCCGCGCAGGGCCUGCCCACCUCGUCCGACGACGGCUCCAUCAAGGUGGUGUUCCACCAGGUCAACCAGGACGGCGCCGGCCCGCUGACGGCCGACAUCGACGCCACGUCGGGCGGCACCGAGGCCUCGGCCUUCCAAAAGGCCGAGAUCAGCCAGAACGUCCCGGGGCUCGGCAUCGCCGGCCUCUCGGGGGCCCAGACCAUGGACUUCCCCGUCGAGGUCAAGAUGCCGGCCGGCAUGACGUGCCAGGGCCAGGUGGCCGGCGCCUCAAACGUCUGCAUCGCCCGCCUCCGCAACGCCGCCGUCACGGGCCCCUUUGGCGGCUCCGUCGCCUUCACCCAGUCGCCCGCCGCCAAGAAGCGCGCCAUCGAGUACAACCUGUGUAAGCGCAUGCUGUCGCGCCGCUUCGCCGCCGCCGCCGCCCAGGAAGACGAGGAUGACGAGUAGAGCCUAUGUCAUUGCACCUUCCCUAUUCCAUGAAGAGCCCAAGGGCAGGCCCCUGGAGGGACGAGGGGGCCGCAUCCCAGCGUUUCUUUGCUCACUGCGUAAAAUUGUAAUGUUUGGUGUCUCAUUUCCUUCUUUCCUUUCUCCUGUCCAUACUAUUUUAAACGCAUACCCUAAACAACCCACACCCACACUCCCUCACAAGCAUGUUGUUUCUUUUCUUGUCAACUCAACUGCCCCGGGGGCGGCAGCGCCUUCUAGCAGGACCGGACCCAAAGGGACAGCCAUUGUACAUAGCUUGGGAGUAGUUGAAAUGAAUGAUAAUGUAACUUUCGUUAAAAACCGAUCUUUGCAGCUCUCUGGAGACCUCAUAGAGGAGCAAAUCGUGUCCGCAUGG